AGAAACCGUUGGUUGUGCGUUCAGUCCGUGAAAGCAAAAGAAUGAGGAAGGUGGUGGUGUGUGCUACAGUGAUCGGAGCGUGCACGGUGGUGGCGGUGGUGGUGCAUAGGUACGCGAGGAAAUGUCGACGGUGGGCAAAGGCGAUAGAAAUAUUGAAGGAGUUGGAGGAGAAGUGUGCAACGCCAACGUGGAAGCUGAAGCUGGUUGCGGAUGCCAUGAACGUGGAGAUGCAUGCUGGUCUUGCUUCAGAAGGUGGUAGCAAGCUCAAGAUGCUCAUCACUUACGUUGAUAAGCUCCCAACAGGGAAUGAGGAAGGACUAUAUUAUGCAUUGGACCUUGGAGGGACUAAUUUUCGCGUGUUACGUGUGCAAUUGGGAGGCAAGUAUGGUGGUAUUAUUAGUCAAGAAUUCACUGAGGUUUCAAUUCCUCCUAAUUUGAUGGUUGGAACAUCAGAUGAACUCUUUGACUAUAUUGCAGCAGAACUUGCAAAAUUUGUUGCCCAAGAAAAUCAAGAUUUCCAAGUGUCUCCUGGUAGGCAGAGAGAGCUAGGUUUUACCUUUUCCUUUCCUGUCAUGCAAACGUCACUUGCUUCUGGGAACCUUGUCAAGUGGACAAAAGGCUUCAACAUAGACGGCACAGUUGGUCAAGAUGUUGUGGCAGAAUUAACUAAAGCCAUUCGGAGACAAGGUCUUGAUAUGCGUGUAAAUGCUCUGGUCAAUGACACAGUUGGGACAUUAGCAGGAGGUCGAUAUACAAACAGCAAUGUUAUUGCUGCGAUUAUUUUAGGUACUGGUACAAAUGCAGCCUAUGUGGAACGUGUUCAAGCAAUACCAAAAUGGCACGGUCCUUUGCCAGAUUCUGGAGAUAUGGCUAUCAACAUGGAGUGGGGAAACUUCCGGUCAUCACACCUUCCAUUAACUGAGUAUGACUGUGCAUUAGAUGCUGAGAGUUUCAGCCCUGGUGAUCAGAUUUUUGAGAAGAUGACUUCUGGCUUGUACUUGGGAGAAAUUGUUCGUCGAGUACUAUGCAAAAUAGCUGAAGAAGCUUUCUUUUUUGCUGACAAUGUUCCCCCGAAACUUAAAAUUCCGUUCAUAUUAAGUACACCUGACAUGUGUGCAAUGCAUCAUGAUUCAUCUACUGAUCUCAAUGUGGUAGGAAGCAAACUGAAGAACAUUUUGGAGAUAUCUGAUACCUCCCUGGAAGUGAGGAAGGUGGUUGUAGAGAUCUGCAAUAUCAUUGCCACCCGUGGUGCUCGUCUUUCUGCUGCUGGAAUCUUAGGUAUCCUGAAGAAGUUGGGAAAAGACACCAAGAGUGAAGUUGAGGGUCAGAAGAAUGUGAUAGCCAUGGAUGGUGGAUUGUAUGAGCAUUACACUGAGUAUAGCAAGUGCUUAGAGAAUACCCUUAAAGAGUUGGUUGGUGAAGAUAUCUCAGAAAGUAUCAUCAUUGAGCAUUUCAAUGACGGUUCAGGAGUUGGUGCUGCCCUUCUUGCAGCCUCUCACUCCCAGUACCUUGAUGCUUAGCAAUAAUGAUCAUGAUAUUGGGGUUUGUAUUACUAUUAUUUUUUUGUGGAGGUCAUUGUCCAUUUAUGGCACCAGUAGUCUUGGGAGUUGGGAGGGUUGAAUUUGUACACAGCCUUUACUUUAAUUUAAGCCAAUCUUUGCAACAUUAA